GAAGAGGAAGUUUGCAACCAAUGCCAAGCCACCGCCGCCCAGGCACACCAGUUCUUCGCCAGCCAGGAAUCCUUCAAGAGCGUUAGUUUAUCUUCUGUUUUCUGUAUUUUAUGGAGUAAACUUUUAAUUCAGAUUAUGUAAAAAGAAAGCACGAUUUUAGGCCAAGGCUGUUUUGGGCGAACACAUCUGCAGUGCCUUCGGAGCUCACAACAACGCUGUUGGUUUUUUCAGUAUUGAAAUAUUUUUCAACAGAAAAAAAUAUCUGUGAAGUUUAAAAUAAUCAGUUAAAAUCAUUGUAUGUUACCGGUUUUUAAAAUAGUUCAAUGGCGCUUGAGGAUUGACCCGAUUUCGACUAUUUUUAAAGUUAAUUUUAUAAAAAGUAUUUUCAGUGCAACGAGUUCGCAAACCUCGCCAUCCCGGCCGUUUUCGGUGAACUCGCCUUGAUCUUCGGCAACACUGCCGCGGUAUUAAAAUUCUACUUUUACUUUAAAAAAAAUCAUUUUUAGGCUUGCAACGACCUCGGAUUCUGCCGCACUGGUGGAGCCCCGGUAAGAAUAUUUUUCAUGUUCAAAAAACAAAUGUAUGUUUUCAGAUCAGCCGCCCAGUCAUCACUCAGCCUCUCGCUUCGAUCUGGCAGAAGGCCGGAACCGUUCAGGGAGGACAGGUGAAACAAAUUUCUCAAAGCUUCGAUUUAGACAUUUUGAUCUUCAAAAGGAUAGCAAAUCGUGUAAAUUUCAGCAAAUGAAGUGCAUAGAACAAAAAAAGAAGUAAGAACGAGAUAGAAUGCGAACUGAAGAGACGUCAGAACGGUUAGAAAGUCCUCGCUUCUCUGACGUCUCUUCAGGCUUCUGUUGAUCUCUCACUUCCGAAUUUCAGGAGCUAUUUUUUCGUUUUUUGGCUACAGUAAUCCUCAACGGUACCUUUCAGGAGGAGAGCUAGUUACCAAAUACUGAGCUUACUUGACUAGUGAUAUUCGAGUUAAAUUUCGAUUUUCUAGCAACUGAUGAGCUGCUUCGAGUGCACCCUUUCCGUCGACGCUCUUCUGGAAGAGAUGACCAACAACCGUGUUCGUUUUUUUCUUAUUUAAAGAAUAAUCCACUGAGAUGAGGCUUAAUCUAACGGAGACUUGAAAAUCAUCAGAUUAAAGAAUUUUUUCCGUCAUAUUUACCAGCGAGAUUCAUUUUCAGUUCUACUUUAAAAGUCUACCAAAGAAGUGAAAAAUACUCUUUGUUGUAGUAGAAAAUUAUACUGGAACUCUAAACUUGCGAAAAGUUUCAGUUCUUUAAGAAAAGGUGUAUCAAAAGAGUGAGGAUAACUUCUCCUUUCCAUCAAAAACAUUCGAAAGCUUUUCGUAACUUCUCUAAGAGUGGUCUAAAUGCUUUGAAACGUUGCAAGAAUAUAAUAUAAGAUCUAACGAUAAUAAUCAAAAAUGUUCCAGGUGAAACAGGCGGCUGACCUCCGCGACGUGAUCUGCCCCAAGUUCCCGUCGAACUGGACCCUCGGCUGCAACGACUUCCUCAACCAAUACCUUCCCACCGUCCUCGCCAUGACCUACGAACAGUUCGACGGAAAGGCCGUCUGCGCCAAGAUGCACACCUGCGAGAGCAAAGGUCUGGAAUCACCUUGCAAAAGCAACUGAAGGGAUCAAGCUUUUACACGGGCAAUGUCCAAAAGGUCUCAAAAAAGACUUUUGGAAAAAAGGCCCCUUUUUUCUAGACCUUUUUCAGAAAAGGACCUUUUGAGGUGCAGAAAAAAAAGGCGGAAAAAAGGUGGAAAAAGAAGAUUCCGACAAACUUUUGACACCUUUUUAGGAACUCAAAAAGGAGCUUUAGGCUUUUUUAAAGCCUUUUUAAGGUCUUUCUGACCUGUGUAAUGGAUCAUUUUGAAAAGGAGAAUUCCUUCUCACAUUCUGGAUUAAGAAUUAAUUUGUGCAUAACUCUCGCAAGAGAGUUGAUUUUUUUUGGCGGUUUUUUGGGAGUUGAAAGUCUGAAAAAUGCUUGUCCAUUUACCAAUUGAACAUCCUGAAACUCUUAACUUGGGAUUUUAAGGAAAAAGUAUUCAAAUGCCGCGUUCGAAGUAAUUUCGCGCAAAUCAAAGUCAUCUCGGACUCGCCAAAAAAUUUUUAUUUUUCUUACACCUGGAGGUUUUUUUUUGGAUUUUGCGUGAUCACUUUGAAUACGGCUAAGGUCCAAUAAGCAUAUUUGAGUGAUUUUUCGUGGUUUUUUUUUCGACUUCAGGAUGGCCGAAUUUUUAAAAAUGCAAAAUAAUCUAUUUUAUAGAAAAAUAAUGAAAAAGAGAUCCGAACUUCUUCAGGAACCUUCCCCGUCGCCGCCCAGACCAACACCAAGAGCCAGGGCUGCGCUUCGUGCUCCCACAUGCAAUCUUUCUUUGCUGUGAGUAAACUCCUUUCAAAAAAGGGGGAAAAAUUGGUUUAAAAGAAAGGGUGCAGAAAAAAUCGGAAAAAAAAAGGAAAAAAUUAGGAAAAAUUCUGGGACGAUUGAAGAAAAACUGAUUUUAGGAGAACGCCCUCGCCUUCCACGGACACGCCAUGGAGGCCAUUCGUGAGAACGUCUGCCAAGCUUUGCCUGUCUCUUACCACCGUCUGGUCCGUUUUUUAUCCAAAAAGAUGAAAAUUUUUAUUCUCAGUAUGAAACUUUAGAAAAAUUGAUAUAUGACAUAGAAGGACGUCUUAAAAUUAAGUUUGAGAUUUUUCAAAAAAAUUGGGUAGGUGAAAAAAAGAGCCUCAAGAUGGCUCUACUUUCAAAGUUUGUCCAAUCAUUUUCUGAAAACCAAGAAAAAAAGUUCAUCACAAUCAGCGCAAAAGUUUGGUUUUUUUCGAUAUUUUUUUCGUGUUUUUUAAUUUCGAAUUAUAAGUUUUAGGCCUGCAUCUGUUUUUUUGGCGGCUUUCAAAAUUAAUAUUUUAAAAAAAUACAAAGUUUGUUCAAUUAGCCAUCUUGAAGACAAUCAUCCACGUUUGAUUUUGAUUGGUUGAUCUUUUUUCCAGUGCACCCGCGUCGCGACGAACGUCAGCGGACGUCUCCUCAACGACUUCUCUCUGGCCGCCCGGAUGGGAGCUCUUUGCCCGGCGGUAAUCCUUUUUGAGAACCCAUUUCCUCUUCUAAAGAUGAGAAUUCAGGUCUGCUAA